AUGUAUCUACCAGAAAAUGCGACGUCCACCUCUCCCUAUGCCGCCCACACGCUAGACAGUGCCUACCGAAUGGCUCAGAGGCAGCUCUGGUCCCCCUACCUGGGCAUCCUCGUCAACUCUGGACUUGUGACACUCCUCCUAAGCGAAGUCGUCAAGUAUUUCCGGACUUUUCGCAAGGACAAACCUAUACUCAAGGCUACCGUCGUGGCUCUCACAAUUGUGGAAUUGACGCAGUGCUGUUUCGCCUUCUAUGGCGGGUAUGUCAUCUUCGCCAAGAGGUGGGGACGUUACCCCGUCUGGUCUCAAAUGCUAUGGGGCAACAUGCUACCCAAUGCCCUCGUGGCCUCUAUGACGCACGCCCUCUACUCUCAUCGCCUCUUUCAGCUCUGCAAGAGACCCGGUAUCGGCUGGCUCCUCUCCGUCACCAUCGGAACGCUGUCACUACUCCAGACAGUGUCCUGCCUAGUCUCGGUCUAUUGGUACGCUGUGGCGACCAGAAAGGGGGGUAUCACACCGAUGCUUAUCGCGAGAAACUUCUUCAGAAUGUGGCUGGUGAUCUGCUGCCUGGUGGAUCUGAUCAUUGCUCUGGGUAUGGCCCUCAACCUCCGAGCCUCUCGCACAGGUCUGAGCAUCACUGACCAGCUCAUCCGUCGUCUGAUGUGGACUCUAGUGCCAGGAGGCCUAAUCACGGGGCUGGCCACAUUCGCAGCGCUCCUGAUCGAGGUGCUUGCUUACGAGAGCGAUUUCUACUUUUUCAUCAUCAUCUGUUUGUCGAAGCUGUACGGAGUGACCAUCCUGGUCUGCUUGAACCUUCGAAAGGGACGAGGAGAGGUGGAGAUGCAAGAGAUGCUGGCAGUGGCAGCAGAUGCAAAGAAGAAAGAGGCGGAUGACGAGGAGAAAGUACCGGAUGUCGCCUGUCGAGAGGACGACAAGAGGCCCAAGGCAGAAGAGGCUGCCUGCAAAUCGCCAGCGCCAGUGUGUCCCGAGGCCAAUCCAGCACUGGCAACCUACACACACUUCCAGUCAGUACCGAGGCUACGUCGCCUAGAGUCUCGAUCGACGUUUGCCUCUAUUGCAACAGGAGCAUCGACUCCUGGUGCACUGCCUCCACAGUACACCUCUGGGCCAUCAUGGGUGACUUCACCUUCAUCAGCUCACCGAUCCCCCAGUUGCUCACCUUCGGCGUACAGGAGCUGCACCGCGUCUCCUACCAACUCGGUGGGAACAAAGCCCCUGCUACUAUGUCAAGGCUCUCGCUCGCUGUCUACGCAGGCAGAAGAGCUAGACGCAGCUUUGACCUCGGGCAGCAGCAAGUAUGAAGAGCCCGAGUCGUCAAUUACGAGCGGAUAUGCUGUGUCGCCCCGCAAGGAUCGAUCGCCUGUGCGCUUGCGAAGUAUUGAUCUGGGAGACAGAGGGGUAGUAAAAGAGAUUGUCCAUGGUCGAGUAGGUGACACGGAGGAUAUCAUCUGGAUGCGGGGUAGAAAUCUGCCGAGGGGAAGUUCGCCAGAGAGGGGCAGGAAGCGCUGAAGGGCGGCAAGCGCAUACCUUCGUCUUUGCGAGACCAACACCUGAGGCGUAGUUUCAUCUGUGAAGACAGCGAACGUCUUACGAUAGAGCUCUCCACAUUCACAUUCAAUGUCACCAUUUCGGGAGUCGGAAUCUGUUUGUAGUUGUAG